CUCGGCCAAUGGGGAAAGGAAGAGGGUGAUGUGGAUGGGAAAUUAGGAUAAAGAGGGGCUGCGUCCCCUAACAGUUUCAGAGACCCCAUGAGAAAUGCCCCAUGGCCUCUCCCUUUAUUUCAGUGAAACGACAGGACUCCUCUGUCUCCUUUUUGGACAGAGACCUUUGCCACUGUGAAUUCUUCCAGACAUUCAUAAUUCCAAGCCUCGCAAGUCGACCUUCACCACGCUGUUAGCACAUCCCCGACGCCGCAGGGCCCGUCUUUAAUAACAGCAGGAAGCCGAAAGUUUGGGACGUCACCUUCAGGGAGGAGUUGUAAUGUUUUGCUGUCAGAAUGAAGAGCAGGAUCCCUGUCAUCCUUCUGGCCUGUGGCUCCUUUAACCCCACCACCAACAUGCACAUGCGUUUAUUUGAGCUGGCCAGAGACCACCUGCACCAAACAGGAAGAUACCGGGUGAUUGAAGGCAUAAUGUCUCCUGUCAAUGAUAACUAUGGGAAGAAAGGCUUGGUUUCAGCAAGGCACCGGGUAGCGAUGGCUAAACUGGCACUAGAGACAUCUGACUGGAUUCGGGUGGAUCCCUGGGAGAGUGAGCAGGAGACAUGGACAGAGACAGUAAAAGUAUUAAGGCACCAUUAUAAUGAAUCGCUCAGAGUGUUCCAGUCCAAGGAGUUCAUGAGAAACAAACAUCCCACAGAAAGGUCUACGGGAGAGUCCCUUUCUUGCCAGCAACCAGUUCUACCAGAAUUAAAGCUGCUCUGUGGGGCUGAUUUUCUGCAGACAUUUAAGACACCCAAUCUUUGGAAGGAAGAAGACAUCAAAGAAAUAGUGGAAAAGUUCGGUUUGGUGUGUAUUAGCCGGGCUGGCUCUGAUCCAUCUCAGUAUAUCCAGGAAUCGGACCUUUUAACGAAAUUUCAGCACAAUAUUUUUCUAGUGAAAGAGUGGAUUCAGAAUGAAAUCAGUGCAACACAGAUACGCUCUGCCUUGUGCAGAGGACAGAGCGUGAAAUAUCUCAUACCAGACUCUGUUAUUGCCUACAUUGCACACCACAAUAUCUACACAGAAGAGAGCGAGCGCAAGAAUGAAAGGGACUUCCUUCAGCCUCUCAAGCUGCAUAACACAACAAUAAAUCCUCUGAGUGACUGAUUUCUGCAGUGUGUGCCAAGUCAGACCAGGAGUUUUUUCAUGUAAAUUUCUUGAGAAAGUUGUUUCUUCUUAAUAAUGAAGGGAAAGUCCAAAAUUUCUUGAAAUCAUGUGGUGUUUUAAAUCCAUGAAUGUGUGUGGUAGUGCUCAAGAAAAUUGGGAUGCUCAGCUGCAUAGCUUAAAAUAGACAAAGAAAAGCUUCCUUGUGAAAAUAAAAGAAAGGAGAUCUUUACAAUAAAUAUUCUUAAGACUUCAAUAUUUUCAAUAAGUCAAUAAAUAUGACUUAAGGGUCAAACACAGCACUUUCCUAACUUGUAAUUCUGUAAUCCUUACUGUUCUAAAACAGCAAAAUACAAUGAAUCAUAACUUGAGAGAGAGAGAGCAAUAUGUUUAAAUAUACAUUGCUUCUAAAAUUUGACAUUAUAAGAUCCUGAAUAACUUUUUUGAUUUUUGGCAAUUUGGACAAGAGCUGGAAAUAAAUCUUCUUUCAUGCAAGUACUUAAAAAUGCA